GACCCUCAUCUGGGAGUUUUGAUUGGUUCAGAAUGUAUAUCCACUGCGGAAUAGCUGCCCAAAUCCAAUCACAUUAUCUACUCAACACUUCCACACAGGAUGGCGGCGAAAAUGGCGGUAACGGACCGAACUCUGUUCAGUGCAACCAGUUGAAAAUGUUUACUCGCACAGCCGUCGAAGUUUCACAGAUAAAAAAAACCUCCCCUUCUGUGUCAAAAUUGUGUUUAUAGACUGUUUCACAUCCCCGCAGUACACGAAAAGCGGUGUUCAAUAUUGUUCCAAGAGAACGUGUUUACUGUGCCAUCAGCUAAAUGUUAUUGGCGAGGAUUCGAUGAGGUACUCAACCUCAAAAAUUGCCGGCAAGUCUUCGCAGCAGCGUUAGGCGUGUCACAGUUGUUGGAGCCUUCUUACAAAUGGUUACACUUGUGUGUGUACACGAAUUAUACAUAUAUUUUUUAUAUUGUAACUUCAGCUCGUUUCAUCCAAAGUGCGCUAAACAGAGAUCCUGAAACAAUAGUCAGACUUACUAUGAACCAGCGUUGAAUAUUCAUGUAUUACGAGACUCGGUAAGUGGUCACGAUGAAAAUCAACGGAAUGUAUCUCGUCGCCCGUGUCACCGUCACUAUCACCACAACCCGCAUCAGCUGAUCGUGUCAAAUUGACAUGUGGAUUUAGUUUGUCAAAUUAUGUCUAAUCCUUGUGUGCUCCGGGCAUUUAUCUCCUCAAUGUUUUCGUGAAGGGAGUAAAAAAACGAGUAAAGAAAACGGGGUAGAGAAUAAGGAGAUAUAGAUCGUCGUGAGAUACCGAAAAAUUAGAAAACUGUCAAGUUAUGGGCAACAAGAAUAGUUGCUGUGUUUACGCAAGCCCUCAAACAGGGCGGAAAGAAUUAGGGCGCGACUGUGGAGGCCGAGGGCUAGAGGAACACCUUCCAGAAGGUGAAAUCAGCGCGAAUAACUUGCAACAUAUAAGCGAGCGCGAGCCAGAAGAUUGGGAUUCAGACCCGUCGCUACACCCAUGUGCAGGCACAAUUUUCAUGGAGCGUUCUAAGCAGGCAAUCGAAAAUGGAAUGGUUAGGAAAAAAAGUCAGCACCAAAUUGCUGACACAAGGACGUUGAAGAAAAGCAGCAGUUGUAGUACCAUCUAUCUUGACGAUAGUACCGUGUCUCAACCCAAUCUCAAAAAUACAGUUAAAUGUGUUGCGUUAGCUAUAUAUUAUCACAUCAAGAAUCGAACGUCGCAACGUCAGAUCGACAUAUUCGACGAAAAACUUCAUCCACUUACGAGAGAUGGUGUUUCUGAAGAUUAUCACAGACAUAAUCCAGAGCAUAAACAAAUAUACAAGUUUAUUAGAACAUUGUUUAAUGCCGCUCAGCUCACAGCUGAAUGUGCUAUUAUAACACUAGUUUAUCUAGAACGGCUUCUCACUUAUGCCGAAGUUGACAUAACUCCUGCUAACUGGAAGCGAAUUGCACUUGGUGCCAUACUUUUAUCUUCCAAGGUGUGGGAUGAUCAGGCAGUGUGGAACGUUGACUAUUGUCAAAUUCUUAAAGAUAUCACCGUGGAAGAUAUGAACGAAUUGGAAAGGCAGUUUCUGGAAAUGCUACAAUUUAAUAUAAAUGUCCCUUCGAGCGUGUACGCAAAAUACUACUUCGACCUCCGCACGCUUGCAGAGGCCAACGAACUAACAUUCCCUAGCGAACCGCUUAGCAAAGAGAAGGCACAAAAGCUUGAGGCAAUGUCCAGGGUAUACGAAGACAAAGUAACGGCAGAAGUAUUGCGCAAGGGUAUUAAAAAAUGGUCCAGUUUGGACAACGUAUGUAUAGGUGGACCGAGACGUAGCAUCGCCAUCCUUUCUUAAAAUCAUUACGGCAUAUAAUGCUGCUUCUACAUUUACACUUCGAAUGAACUAAGUGCAUGCGUGGAAUAAUGCUCAAUCUCUCUCUCUCUUUCUCUCUCUCUCUACGUUUGUAGCGGUUAUAUCUGCUUUGAACGAGUAAUAAUUUCACCCCAGUUACUUGAACCAUCACCCAAAUGCAAUAAAUUGGUUGUAUAAUUUAUUCGCUAUAGGCAUAUUCAAUUAAAUUGCAUUUGAAAUAUCGACUGAAACUCGUUAUUCAUUUUCAGCGGCUCUAGAUUCCGUUCUGAAGUGAAUGUGUAGAAUCACCAUUUAUACAGCUUUUCAAUCUUCCAUCCAUUGCAAACUGUGUUGCAAUUUUUCUUUUACUUCAUGCUUCAUCCUGCCACCAAUAUGAUAUGUAAGAGCCUAUGCUCCUAGAAAUAAAAAAAAUUUGUGAUA